AUGGCCCCCACCCAUGGCAGCUUCUGGCAGUUUCGAAGUAUGGUCAAACACAUCACAGGGCGGAGCGUCUUUUUCUCAAAUUAUGGAUACGGCUGCUACUGCGGGCUUGGGGGCAUAGGGACCCCCGUGGAUGACACUGACAGGCGCUGCCUGGCCCACGACUGCUGCUACGAGAAACUGAAGCGGCUCAGCUGCCAGCCCGUGUUGAACGGCUACCAGUUCCACGUGGCCAACGGGACCGUGAUCUUUGAAUGCGCCCUUGGUCCUGGUGUCGGCUGCCUCUGUGGGCUAAGGGCCGGCGAGUGUGACACGCAAUCUGCUUCAAAGAGAACCUGCCCAAACUUCAAGCAGUUCUUCUCAGCUGGCCCCGCUGCGGCAGGCGCAAACUCCGAUGCUAGGGAGGCCGCAGGUCCCUGGUCGAACACGGUGGAAGUGAUGGUCCACCAGUUCGCCAGCAAGGCCUCUGGAGGCCCAACGCACGUCCCCUCUUUCUCGGAAACGCCUGCCACUGCCGUGAGAAGCACCCUGGGCCCACCUGCAGGAGGGCAGGAGCCCAUCUGCAUCAGGGUCGUCAGGCCAGCUGUCUGGCUGAGGACCUCAGACCUGUGA